CAUAGCUCUGCCAGGCCCGAUAUGCCAGGGGCCCCCUUACCGCCCCUCAUGCGCUUCCCAGUCCACAGUUCUCAUGCCAUGUGCCACUUUCAGGUCUCCUCACACUGCUGGUGUGUUGAAUUUUUUGACAUAGGGUGCUGGCAGAUUACGGGCCUCCCAUAGCUGCUGCCAGGCCCCUGAUCUGCCAUGGGCCCCUAUACCGCCUCCUCAUGCUGCUGCCAGGCCCCUAAUCUGCCAUGGGCCCCUAUAUACCCGCCUCCUCAUGCUGCUGCCAGGUCCAGAGUCUCUCAUGGGUCCCUGUACGGCCUCCCAUUGCUGCUGUCU